GGCGUCCGGAGAUGCCGAAGUCGUGCGCGGCCCGGCAGUGCUGCAACCGCUACAGCAAUCGCAGGAAGCAGCUCACGUUCCACCGUCCGUGUCUGGAGUACCGGCCGUCUCCCUGCUCUAGGAUGCAGGCUCCACGAGGGCGGGCUGUCUCGGCCACUGCUGCUUCCCCAGCGCGGGAGCAGGAAUGGAGGCCUGGUGGCAGUUGUGGCUCCGGGAGCAGCUCGCUCGGGUUCUCUGGCCACGUUCAGGAAACCUGCUCUCAGGUUUCCUACUACGGAUGCCAUCAACAGCCGCGACGGAAGCUUCCUGAAGUGGGUGUGGUUUAACAGAAGGAGGCUGCCGAAUUUUCCAAGCUGUCCAGUACAAUGCCGUGUGGGGAUGUGAAGCGUCCCGGGACCCUGAAGCGCAGCGUUCAGCCCCUCGACUGCGCGGCGCCUCCUUGCUGUGCCCCCAGGUUCCCGUUCAGCCGCCCGGAGCUGCUGAAGGAAUGGGUGCUCAACAUCGGCCGCGGCGACUUCGAGCCCAAGCAGCACACGGUCAUCUGCUCCGAGCACUUCCGGCCCGAGUGCUUCAGCGCCUUCGGGAACCGCAAGAACCUGAAGCACAACGCGGUGCCCACCGUGUUCGCCUUCCAGGGCCCCCCGCAGCUGGUGAGGGAGAACAGAGACCCUGCUGACCAGAGUGGAGAUGCCACCUCUGAGAAGGGAAAGGUCCUCCCUGAGACCGGGGCCAAGGAGUGUGGCCCGGGGAGGAAGGCGGGUACAAUGCUUGAAGCGCUGCAGCUGCCCCCAGACGCUGGAGGCCCAGGAGCACAGGUCCCACCACACAGACCAGAAGCCACCGGGGUCCCCGGUCAGCCAGCCAGCCCCACCACAGGCCUGAGGAGGCCCCUCCCCACACAGCCAUCCGAUCACAGCUACGCUCUUUUGGACUUAGAUGCCCUAAAAAAAAAACUCUUCCUGACACUGAAGGAAAACGAAAAGCUCCGCAGGCGCCUGAAGGCCCAGAGGCUGGUGAUGCGGAGGAUGUCUAGUCGCUUCCGUGCCCGCAGCGUGCGGCAGCCAGGACUCCAGGCGGGGCCGCGGCCGGAGCUGCAGAGCUGAGCCCGCCAGCUGGGCCUUCUCCUCUGAGCCUCUGGGAGGAGGGGCAGUGGUCUCGGGGCACUGGCCACGGACCUUUCAGUCCUGCCCUGAUGCUCAGAGCCCAGCGCCACCUCGUGUGAGGUGUAGCGGCCUCUGGCUGGGAAGGGUUCUCCCUCCCGGAGGUGACAGCCCCAGCUGUCCCUCCGGCACAAGCUGGGCAAGCAUCUUUGGGACCACAGCCUGAGGAACCGUCCUGGGCCAGUGUGGCAGGCCCUCCCCAAUGGGGAGGCAGUGUGUUUCCUUGAGGGGCAGCUGGGCCCGGGAGGCCGUGGGGUGCUGGCUGACCCCUCCGUCACCUGGACAGCCGGCUUCUGUCCUGGGAGCACCGCCCUGCCCGGCUGGGUGUGAGUGAGCAGCGUAAUAAAGUGUCUUCCUACACUGCGUGUUGCUCCUUUGUUUAAGAACAAGUGAGCACUAGUUUGAGGUUCUCGCUCCUUCUGUGCUUGGCUGGGUGGCUGCUGCUGAGCAGACUGUUUCCAGUUGAAGGGCCAGUAGGGCAUGACCAACCUGGACUCCCGCCAAAAGGUGCCUUAGUUAAAAAGGAAAAGGCUUCCCUGGUGGUACAAUGGUUAAGAAUCCGCCCGCCAAUGCGGGGGACGGGUUCCAGCCCUGGUCCAGGAAGAUCCCACAUGCCGAGGAGCAACUAAGCCGCUGCGCCCCGACUACUGAGCCUGUGCUCUAGAUCCUGUGGGCCACAACUACUGAGCCCAUGUGCCACAACUACUGAAGCCCUCCUGCCUAGAGGCCGUGCUCUGCAGAAAGAGAAGCCAGUGCAGUAAGAAGCCCGUGCACUGCAAAGAAGAGUAGCCCCUGGUCUUCACAACUGGAGAAAGCCCCCGCACAGCCACGAAGACCCAACGCAGCCAAUAAAUAGCUAAUUUAUAAAAAACACAAAACCAGGAAUCCUAGCCUACGUGAUUUCCUAACUCGGGGCUCUAUUUCUCA